AUGCCAAUCCAUAGAUGGGAGUCUUUGAUACCGAACCUAAUCCAUGUGCAAGCGCCAAAGGUACUUCUUCUUAUGUGGACACAGAACAUCGACCUCCGCAUGCAGGUAGAAAUGUUCGAACUUUUUGCAGGAAAAUAUAUUGAUGCUCGCGGAGUGAAGAGAUUUGUGGGCAACAAGAAGGAUCUUAGAGCAAGCGGGUCCUACUCCCGUGUCUUUGGAAAAAGGAUCCUUGAACUAUGGGACGAGGAGCGGGCGUCCACGCAACCUCGGCUUUGUUUGAGGCAAAAGACUCAGGUGAGCCAGGAUUUGACGGAUCGUGAACUGUUCUCAAGUUUGCAGCUUGGGGAUACGUGGCCUGAUGCGGAGUUGGUCCAAGUGUGGUGCUACUUGUACAACAACAAGAAUCUCAUGAUUCCUCCUACUUGGCAAGCCACCAUGGAUGCUUUCCACUCUGAGUUAAAAGAAACAGCUCCUUGCCCUGAACCAUGCGUGUUUUGUCCUUCAGUAAUCUGUAACUUGAGGGAAAUCACUUUGGAAGCCUAA